CACGUGACCUCGGCGCUCCCGCGACAGAGUGAUUGGGCGAGCUCGAACAGACGAUCUGUGGCGGCGCUAGCCGGCUAGCUGUAAGCUAAGAGACGCCGCCAUUAGUUGCUUUGGCGUCACUGACGAGCCUUUAACUCGCUUUGAUGUCGACAAUACCAUUUUAGUACUUUUCAAAGUCAACACAGCUAUCGACGUGCUUGCUUUGACUUGUUAGCUCCCUUUCCCCCGUCGGUCGGAAGCCGAUGUGAGCUGCGCAGCAGUUGACUUAGUACGUGCUAGCGAGUGUUAGCCAGAGGAGGAGGAGGAGGGGGCGGCUAGCUUGUUGUGACAGAUCGAGCGGCCGCCAUGGCGGCAGCUGGCGGCGGCAAAAACUUCUCGUUUAAGGUGGUCCUGCUGGGGGAAGGCUGCGUGGGGAAGACGUCCAUGGUGCUGCGCUACUGCGAGAACAAAUUCAACGACAAGCACAUCACUACUCUUCAGGCGUCCUUCCUCACCAAAAAGCUCAACAUCACGGGAAAGCGGGUCAAUCUCGCCAUCUGGGACACGGCGGGUCAGGAGCGCUUCCACGCCUUAGGUCCCAUCUACUACAGAGACUCCAAUGGAGCCAUCUUGGUAUAUGACAUCACCGACGAAGACUCCUUCCAGAAGGUGAAGAACUGGGUGAAAGAACUGAGGAAGAUGUUGGGCAACGACAUUUGCCUGUGUAUAGUAGGUAACAAAAUCGACUUGGACAAAGACAGGAACGUGUCGACGGAGGAGGCGGAAAGUUACGCUGCGUCAGUGGGCGCCAAGCACUACCGGACGUCAGCCAAGCUCAACAGCGGCAUCGAGGAGCUCUUCUUGGACUUGUGUAAAAGAAUGAUGGAGGCCGCGCAGGCCGAGGAGCGAUCGAAGGGAAACGGCGGCGGCCAGUCAGCGUCCGGUCGCAGGGGCGUUCAGAUUGUGGAUGACGAUCCGCAGGCCACGCCCACCGGGGGAUGCUGCUCGUCGGGCUAACGCACGUACACGCCCGCGCGGUGGAUCCGGUCUGUCGGUGCUGCUGACGAUCGUGGGAAGGGGUUCAUAGUUCAAAGUCCAAGAAGCAGGAAACAUGCAAGCGACCGUUUCCUGCCCAAUUGUUAGUAGACGUGCGGGAGGACACGUGACAUCACUUCCUGUCUGAUAUAGAAUGCGCGUCCGCAGGCAGAGAUUGAAGCGGAAAAGGGCCGAUUGCUCUCCAACAAUUGUGCAUGCUUGACCGGAACGGCCGUCCUUUGAUUCCAAGAACAGAUGUCGUGUCCAUUAAAUGCUCAUUGAAAGUUG